CUUGGGCUGAACGACUGGGCUCCUAGGUGACUGAAGAUCGCGGGAGGAGCAUCUUGCAAAACCUGCCAUGUAGCAGGGGCUUCAGGUGGAAGCUGUAGCAGAGGCUGCAAGCGAGGCUCCCCACCUGGGGUAGGCGUUGGCCCAGAUCGGCCUGAGGACGCGGUGACAGAGGGCCCCCGCAACCCCGGGGUCGCGGCUGCGGAGCGGAGUGCGUGGGAGGAGGCGACGCGCGCACGCCUGAGGCGGCCAACGCUUAGAUUCCUGCCUUCAGUCCCCCUCUCCCGCCUCUCGCCCCAGAAAUGAGCUGGAGCAUCGCCUGUUUGAUUCCAGAGCCCGAAUCGGCAAGCAGAGCAGACCUCAGCAGCAGCUUUGUGAGGACUUAGCUCGGACCUGGAAGCGUAUCCUCCUGUGUUUUUUCUGACUUCUUGGAAAUUAAGGAAUGCAAUUCUGCCACCAUGAUGGAAGGACUGAAAAAACGUACAAGGAAGGCCUUUGGAAUACGGAAGAAAGAAAAAGACACUGACUCUACAGGCUCGCCAGACAGAGAUGGAAUGCAGGGGAAAAAAAAGGCCCAGAAGACCCAGCUUCUCCUCACCUCUUGCUUCUGGCUCAGAGCCCUCUCCUUAACUCUGUCUCAGCAGCCCAGCCCACACGAGCCACCCUACCAUAGCAAAGCAGAGUGUGCGCGGGAAGGAGGGAAGAAAGCUUCGAAGAAAAGCAAUGGGGCACCAAAUGGAUUUUAUGCAGAAAUUGAUUGGGAAAGAUAUAACUCACCUGAGCUAGAUGAAGAAGGUUACAGCAUCAGACCUGAAGAACCAGGCUCUACCAAAGGAAAGCACUUUUAUUCUUCAAGUGAAUCUGAAGAGGAAGAAGAGUCACACAAGAAAUUCAACAUCAAGAUUAAACCCUUGCAAUCUAAGGACGUCCUGAAGAACGCAGCGACUGUAGACGAGCUGAAGGCUUCAAUAGGCAACAUCGCACUUUCCCCUUCGCCUGUGAGGAAAAGUCCGAGGCGCAGCCCGGGUGCAAUUAAAAGGAACUUAUCCAGUGAAGAAGUUGCAAGACCCAGGCGUUCCACCCCAACUCCAGAACUUACAAGCAAGAAGCCUCUGGAUGACACUCUGGCCCUUGCUCCCCUCUUUGGUCCACCACUAGAAUCAGCUUUUGAUGAGCAGAAGAUGGAAGUUCUUUUAGAUCAGCCUGAGAUAUGGGGUUCAGGCCAACCAGUGAACCCAAGUAUGGAGUCACCAAAGCUAGCAAGACCUUUUCCCACUGGAACACCUCCACCUCUGCCUCCAAAAACUGUACCAGCCACCCUGCCUCGAACAGGCUCCCCCUUAACAGUUGCAACAGGAAAUGACCAGGCAGCCACAGAGGCCAAUAUUGAGAAACUACCAUCCAUCAGUGACCUGGACAGCAUUUUUGGGCCAGUGUUGUCCCCCAAGUCUGUUGCUGUUAAUACUGAAGAGAAGUGGGUCCAUUUUUCUGAUGCAUCCCCGGAACAUGUUACUCCAGAGUUGACUCCAAGGGAACAGGUGGUGACCCCACCAGCUGCAUCAGACAUCCCAGCUGACUCCCCAGCUCCAGGCCCACCUGGCCCCCCAGGCUCCACAGGUCCCCCAGGGCCUCCUGGUCCUCGCCAUGUACCAUCUCCGCUCAAUUUAGAAGAAGUCCAGAAGAAAGUCGCUGAGCAGACCUCCAUUAAAGAUGAUUACUUAGAAACGCUCUCAUCUCCUAAAGAGUGUGGGUUGGGACAGAGAGCAACUCCACCUCCCCCACCACCACCCACCUACAGGACUGUGGUCUCGUCCCCCGGACCUGGCUCGGGCAGUGGUACGGGGACCACCAGUGGUGCAUCUUCUCCUGCUCGGCCAGCCACCCCCUUAGUUCCUUGCAGCACCACUCCGCCUCCACCUCCUCCCCGGCCUCCAUCCCGGCCAAAGCUACCUCCAGGAAAGCCUGGAGUUGGAGAUGUGUCCAGACCUUUUAGCCCACCCAUACACUCCUCCAGCCCUCCUCCGAUAGCACCCUUAGCCCGGGCUGAAAGCACUUCUUCAAUAUCGUCAACUAACUCACUGAGCGCAGCCACCACUCCCACAGUUGAGAAUGAACAGCCCUCCCUCGUUUGGUUUGACAGAGGAAAGUUUUAUUUGACUUUUGAAGGUUCCUCGCGGGGGCCAAGUCCCCUAACUAUGGGGGCCCAGGACACCCUCCCAGUUGCAGCAGCUUUCACAGAAACUGUCAACGCCUACUUCAAAGGAGCAGAUCCAAGCAAGUGCAUUGUUAAGAUCACGGGAGAAAUGGUGUUGUCCUUCCCUGCUGGUAUCACCAGACACUUUGCCAACAACCCAUCCCCAGCUGCUCUGACUUUCCGGGUGGUAAAUUCCAGCAGGUUAGAGCACGUCCUGCCGAACCCCCAACUUCUCUGCUGUGAUACUACACAAAAUGAUGCCAAUACCAAGGAAUUCUGGGUAAACAUGCCAAAUUUGAUGACUCACCUAAAGAAAGUCUCUGAACAAAAACCCCAGGCUACAUACUAUAAUGUGGAUAUGCUCAAAUAUCAGGUGUCUGCCCAGGGCAUUCAGUCCACACCUCUGAACUUGGCUGUGAACUGGCGCUGUGAGCCUUCGAGCACUGACCUGCGCAUAGACUAUAAGUACAACACGGAUGCCAUGUCCACCGCAGUGGCCCUCAACAACGUGCAGUUCCUGGUCCCCAUAGACGGAGGAGUGACCAAGCUGCAGGCUGUGCUUCCUCCAGCAGUCUGGAAUGCUGAACAACAAAGAAUAUUAUGGAAGAUUCCAGAUAUCUCCCAGAAGUCAGAAAAUGGAGGCGUAGGUUCUUUACUGGCGAGAUUUCAAUUAUCCGAAGGCCCCAGCAAACCUUCCCCGCUGGUUGUGCAGUUCACGAGUGAAGGAGGUACUCUCUCUGGCUGUGACAUUGAGCUUGUUGGGGCAGGCUACCGGUUCUCACUCAUUAAGAAGAGGUUUGCUGCAGGAAAGUACUUGGCAGAUAACUAAUAAAAGGUCAUGCAAGGAUUUGGAAGAUCCAUGCCCCGGAGAACUGUUGUUUGAGAGACAUGUUUUAGUCUGGCUUGAUGAACACAAACCGAUAUCCGUACUUGGGGUCUGUCAGCUGGAAGGUCCUGGCUUUCAGCAGUGACUUCCGGCACCCAGUACUGUGCUGCUCAGUUCUGCAGUAUUUACUUAUAGGUGUAAUAUUUGUUAAUGGUUUUAAAAUGUAAUUAUUGUAUUUGUAAAAUGUACCUUCAUUCCAGUAAGGCAGUUAGACACUUGGGUUUUAGCAUUUUCCAUUCCUGAAACGGAUGUAAUUUAAACUGUGGUAUGUAAAUUUAAUAGUAGUACUGUUGAACGGCACAAUGCUUACAGAGAUACAGCGCAUUUUGUCAAUAUAUAAAAUUUAAAUAUAAUGUUGAUAGUUAUCAUAAAGGGGGUGCCACACAUCGAGAACCUUAAACAGAACCAGAAACAUAGCACCCAGCUUUCUUUCCUUCACCCUUUACUAUGUUUCCCUCUAGUGCUAAAGAAAACUUCUAGCUUCAGUUUAGUGGGUUAAAUUCAGAAACUAUUUCAGAGGAAAAAAUUCUAAAGUUACAGCAUAUUCAAAGAGAAACAUUAAUUACCACUUUUUAAAGAGCUUUUUUUUCAAACUGCAAAUUUCAUAAAAAUGCAAACUGUGUAAACAGGGCCUCUUAUUUUUAUAACUUGUGUAAAAAGGGAAAAGCAAUUCAUAUUUAAAGUUUAAGUAUAUUAAAUUAUAUCCAAGAGUGCAGAGGAUGCUGAAGUCUCACCUGACCCCAAGCCCCUCUGUGCCGUUUAGCAAAUGUGGAGAUUGCUAAGUCAUUGGAUUAAAGCCAACAUGAUUUUUAACAUUUCGAGACUUUCUGUAGCUGAACUGGUUAAAACUUUUGCACAAUUGCUCAGAACAGAGGGGCCUCCCUAGUCCAGCAUCCCGGGGUGGGUACCUCGUUUCUUCUUUACUCAUAAGAAUCAAAACACAGAGAAGGAUGGAGGAAAACAAAUAGUUCCCUGUUCCUGUUCCAUCCAAAAGGAGAAUUCUAAACUUAUCAUUUACAUCUUUGGAGGAAGGAAGAAAUAAACUUUAUAAAUGAAAUUCUAUUCACCUUGUUAUCCUAUGAAUAUUUUUGGAUGAUUUUAAGAUUCAUCAUAUACAACUGUGAAUCUUUGCCGCUCUUGGGGAAUUGAAAGCAGAGUCGGGGCAGUGGCUUUGAACAUAGUGAAUGCCACAGUUCUGGGAGGGGGAUGGUGUCUACCCCACCGGAGGGGAAUCAAAGCAGUGUUGUGUGGGACAUAAAGAAGUCUUCCAGUAAACCACAAGUUAUUUUAAACAGAAAAGUUCCCAUUUGAGACUCUCCUACUGAGUUGGUGUGUGUAGCAUCUGCUGUUGAAUCACAUUUUGUAUCCACUCAAAUCUGACAAGGAGUGGUCAGCUCCUUUCAAUUUUAGAAUCAAAUUAAAAUUUUUUUAAGUCUUACUUCAACAGUGAGAUUGUGGUUGGCAGUCAUUUCUAGCGAGCUCUGUAGAUUUAUCUGUGUUCUCUUCAAUCAACGCUUGCUACCGAAAGGAUGUCCAAGAGGAUUUUUACCUGCAAACAAUUCAUCUAUUUAAAACAGGCUCCUGCCUAAUUCCCCAAAGCAGUCCGGCUUUGAAGGUUUUAUUUCUUAUUUAUUUAUUUUUUUUGAACAAACUAAUGUGUUGACCAAAAAGUUUGGCUUUGAAACCGAAAUAGAGAAAUAAAAUGUAAAUUUUAAAUUUAAUCUAAUGGAACAAGUGGAAAUAAAAACACUUAAACCAAUGGAGGGUACAAAGCAGAAAAAUGAAGCUUAUCUAAAAUGUGAUUAUACAAUGUUUUUAAGUAGUCAGUUCAUGGAAAAAUAUUGAAUAUUAACACAAAGCAUAUUAAAAAUAUGUAAAUAUUACUGUUUCUCAUGUCUUUCUCUUUAUAUCUUAUUUUGUGAAGUUUUAGAAUGAAUUGGUCAUUAAAUACACAGUGUUUUCUUUCCAAAGAAUAAUUUUGUUGAUAUUGUAAAAAUGUAAUUAAAAAUAGAGAUUUGAGAAGUCUCUAACAUUAUUCAAAUAUUUCCAGGAACCAAAUUGGAAACUAUGAAGAAAUCUUGUAAUCCUUUAAUUGACUAUUGUGAAAUGAAAUGACAGUUGGUAAUCUAAAAAAUUAAAACUUGAAAAUUCAGAGCUUCAGUGGGGAAUGGUUCCUUCCAGUUCAGAAAGUGGGUCAAAUAACAACAGUUGCUCAUAUCAGAGACGGAGCUGUCGGUGCUGUUUGGUUUUAAGUUUGUGCAAUUUUAUCUCCUGGUGAAGCUCUGUGUGCAGCACUGUAGGAUAAAAGUUCAUAUUCUGAGACAUGGUCCAAGACUAGACAGACCAGGUCUCAGUUAUCAGUGUCAAUUGGGUCAGGUUCCCUUUUGUCCAAAAUAAUGGGUUAGCUCAUAGACAGAUAGUUGGCAGAACAGUAAGCUUCAGACAAAUCCCAUAUUUUUAUGAAAUUUUCAGAAAUAAAUUCCUGUUUACAUUAGUCUCCAUGUUAUCAUAAUGGGAACUUGCAACUGCUAAUCUAAAACUCCCUGAGAUCCAGCGACGGCUAAAAAGAGCAUUCCCUGUAUGCUAUUUGGGACACAGCUUGCCUCCAAAGCCUGUCCCUGUGCAGAUAGUGACUGGAAAGUCCGAGAGCAGAUCCUUGUGCAUUUUGACAGUUUGUAUACUUCUCCUCCGUCUCAGGCUGCAAAGUAUUAGAGCCAUACUCACACACAUUUGCAUCUUUACUUCUUCUUUCGAAGGAAGCAAAUCUACCUUUGCUCUGCCGGUGUGAUACCUGAAGGGCAAACGCAGAUGUGCCCCUACCUUCUUCUCUCCCUUAUGCUGAGAGUGGACCCAUACGGAGUUUUCACGUUUUUCUUAAUGGGACGUCUAUUUUUUUUUUUCCUAACAAGCUUGUGCCUAGAACCCUGUAUAGCAGAAUGUUGCCAAGCAGGGAAGGGGCUUCUCCAGACCCUGAAACAUAGUAUCACAAUAUGUAAAUGAUUCCACAGUAGCUUCCAAUGCUGAAGACUUACACUUCUAUUUAACCCAGAUAAACUACCUUUCCCGACUCUAAGAACAUGUAUAAUCAUAGUGAUUAGCUGCUACACAACAAAAAUAGCAAAAGGGCUCACAGUGUGCUCUGAGCGCUCCUGGGCUGUCAGACAUCGCAGGUAUCACUGCCUUCUACCUUAGACUCCAAAAAUGGCAAAAAGCCUUUUCAGCCCGUGUUUUCCCAGUGACGGUAUUGAGGCUUGGGUUGAUUCAUUUCCCCAAAAAUGUCAUCACAGCUAAUAAUGACCUCAAUUAUCCUGACAAUAGAAUGAGUACCUUGUUGGUCCAUUUGGUUCAUUUUGAUAAAACCAUCAACUUGAAGGUCAAGAUAAAUGGCACUCUAAAAAGUUUGCAUUGAAAGUGUUAAAGAGGAGCCUGAUAAGAUAUUAUUUUAAAAGACCGAUGUCUCUCUUCAAAGGAUGAAAUGUGAGACCCCCUUGUUUCCAACCAAUCAAGUAGAGUAAUGAUUUAAGUUGAGGCCCUGUUAUACAUUCAGAACCUAGCCAGACUGCAGUGAGUACCAGGAAGUCUUUAUCGAUCUCUAGGGAUAAAACUUGGGAAUCUACACAUUGAGAAGUUCCCAAAAGCUGAGCAUCCUGGCCCUAGUAACUCUAGAGUGUUUUUUACUGCUCACAUUAUAGUGGACUUAAGCAUUUAAUUUCUAAGGUAAAUGCUAUUUUUCUAAUGUUUUCUCCAAAUUCAGUCUAAUUAAUGGUAGCUCCUUGCUUGCAAGCGACACUCAGACACUAAACCUGUAUACUGACUUUAUUUCAUAAACUCUUGGUUUUAUAAACUCAGAUAAGCCUCACACUGAAAAGAAUUUUUACCAGUUUUUGCUUUGCUUUGCUUUGCCUUUCCUCAAACCAAUUACAGGUUGUCAGAGAAAGUUGAAUGAUAGUAAUAUAUGCAAAUAUCCACUAGAAAGACAGAGGUUAGAGAAGGAGAGAGAAAGAAAAUAUGUUAGAGAUUUUUCUUCCCCCAAAGAGGAUGUAUUUUGCAAAAUCCCAGUCAAAUAUAUUUAUUUUGUCAUGUGACUUUUUGUGUUUUUAGGUUUUAGAAGUCUAAAACCUAAAAUUGAGGGGUUUUUUGUUUUUUGUUUUGUUUUGUUUUGUUUUUAGUGACAUCAACGUGGACCAGAAUAUAGCUUAGAAACUUAAUAUAAGGAAAUGUGAUGUUCCCAUGAUGCCCCCUCCUGCUGUUUACCUUAGCCAAUGAGUCAAAUUGUUAGUAUGAAUACCUAAAUCAAGUCAAGUGGCACUGAUUACAGAGACUCUUAUGAAGAACCUCUCUAGCACGCUCACUGUCUGAAUCUAUCUCAGCUUUCUUGGACUUUCCCUCCUCCUUGACCUUUUUGUUUGUGUUUGGUUGAUUUCGUUUCUUCGUUUGGCAUACAGUGUAGAACACAAUUCUCUCGCUUGUGAAUUAAAUAUGGCUUCUCUCAUGUUUCAUGUUAAUCCAUAGAAUGAGGAGGAGGAAUGAAACCAGACUGCUCUCUUUACGUCUUCAAAUAUUAAAAAGGAACAAACAAAAAGCACUGGCCUUCUUCACCCAUCACUGCUCUGGGGCUGUGCUAUCUACAGUAAGCCAGAGACAUGUUGUUAAUGCCCAAUUGAAAUAACUUUCCUUCUUGAAACACUGUCAAAUCUUAUGAUCAGUUGUGUAGCCUUUUAGACUGGUCUCAUGUUUAGUUUCUAUCCCAAAUGGGUAGUGCUGGGGGGGGGGGAGAGACAGAUUGUGGACAUGUGUCAUGGAUAUAAUAAUUUAUUCUCCAGACUGAACUUCUGGCUUCCUCCCUUUAUUGCUGGAGUACAUUUAGCCUGUGCUAAACACAUCUUUAGCCUCAUAAGAAAAAGGGGUUUCAGUCCAAAGCCCGUGCAGAUUAAAGUGAUCCUUAAUGCUGUUUUAAAGAAAAAGUGGCCUAUUUGCUAUUACAUCCACCAGGAUUUUCCAAAAUCAUGUCUGAUUUAUUAGCACAAGCAAAACAUUCAUCGUGUUCUGAAACAACGUGGUCCUAUGUCACAGCUGUCUCUCUUCAGACAUGGGCAAUAACUUUCAAAGUCCUCAUGAAACUUAGACUGCCCCUAAACUGGUAAAAGGGUAUUUUUAAGUAUAAGAGUAUCCCUUGAAAAACUUUAGGAAACUUUCCUUUUAAUUACAAUUCACAGCUCCAUUGAAAGAUAUGUAAAGCAAAUUAUAUAUGAAAGAGGGAUUAGCUAAGAUAAUUGUAGCUUUAAGGGAAUUCUGCCCAUUGGCAGUGAGUUGUUAUCUGUGCUCAUUAAUAUCUUACAGUGAGUUUUAACUCUCUCUUCUAAAGAACUCUUAACCCUGCAUGGAAACUGUUUCACUUUUUAAAGAUUUGAAUCUCUGAUGAGUACUUCAAGCCCCUGUUGUUGAAAGGUUCCAAAUCCUUGGGGUAAUUGACACUAGUGAAGAAUCUUCAUUACCAGAUCAGGAUCAUGUUAGAGCGAUGCUGAUAGUAUUUUUACAUAACUUUUGGAAUGCUAUGAAACAUUCUAGUUAGAGCCAAAUGCAGUGCACUGUUCUCUCAGCAUAGAAUCAGAGGACUGACCCUGAAGUAGCCUUUGCUAUUUUGUUGGUUUUGUUUGCUUGGUUGGUUGGUUUUUGGUUUUUUUGUUUUGUUUUGUUUUGUUUUGUUUUUUACUGUUUUAAAAAAAUAAUCAUUUUUUACAUAAAAUCAAAUGUAAAAGAUGUUUAUUUGAAAUUGUUUGUAGCAGACAGAAAUGACAUUUAUGUUUUUUGAACACAAUUCAACCUUUAAUCCACUCAGAGUCUGUGAAUUAUUACCUGAAAGACAAGCUACCCAUAAAUUUCCUGCUUCCUAGACUGAGCAUAUAUUAAUUCCACCUAACUCAGACAACUUCACUAUCUUAUUGGCAUCUUUUCUGGAAAAAUGAAUAUUGAAUCUCAUUUAUUCAUCAUCACCUUAAGCUAGUUAAAAUAACAAACUGAAAGACUAUCUCUGACGAUCCAAUACCUGGUAUUUUUCUUAGGCGUGGCUGGGAUGACAUUUCUUAAAGCUGCAUUGACUCCACACGUUGGUGUUUAAUUACUGCUUUUUAAAAUGAACAUGCGUGGAAGAGAUGGGUGCCUCUCCCUCUGUCUUCCUACCCCUUCCUCCGUACUGCAUCCUCCUCCCAUCUCCCCACCCCCACCCCACUUGGUCCCUUAACUCAGUCAAAGAGAUCUGGAUAAUUGCUGUUGAAUAAUUAUUUUGGAAACCAGAAGGGGCUGCAGUGGUAACAUUAGAGCCCUACCUACCAGCAGAGGAGGAAUUUCCAGGGCUGAUUUUAGGCCGUUUGAACACUAUUGUGUUUCAAAUGAAAAGGUUUUCUCAUUAGUUUUUCCCUUGUAUAGGGUAAAACCUUUCUGAAUGAAAUGACCAGUUUGAAUCAUCAUUUCCCACCACGUGGCAGAGUAAGCCGUUGGGGUUUUACUGUUAACAAUAAGAAGCUAGGAAAGGCGUCACAGAGAAAUGUUGCUGUGUUUCUAACUUAGAGUUAUGCAAUCCAUCGAGUCAGUGAAGAUGUUUUAUCAGUGUGUACUUUGACCUGGUAGUGGCCUUUAUUUCAAAUUAUCCGUGACCCAUGUAGCAAUGUACACUGACUCCCUGUAUACUCCUCUGCUGCGUGUACCAUCGCACAAAACAUCCCAGGACAUUAAAUAUCCACAGAAGAAACGGUGUGUUCAAAUACUCAAGUAUAUUUAAAAUUUAGUCAGAAAGUCAGUGCCUCGUCUUUCUUCCUUCCUGCUCCUUUCAACAGUGUGUGACUUACUGUCCCAUCUGCAGUGUGGCUUACUGCUUCCUGUGAGCUCAGCCCAGCAGCACCAGAGACUUGCUCCCUCUGUCGACCCCCCGCUGUGAGCUCUCUACAGGGCAAGCAGGACAGGAAGGUGACUGAACCGAUUGAAGAUAAUAAUCAUGAGACCACCUCCACAUUCACUUGCCUUAUGAGUUAGUAAAAGUGUGGAUAUCAUUUUUUUGUAACGUGAUUUUUAUAAAUGUCCUUGCCUUCGUAGUCCUUCCAGUCACCUAUCUCACAAAAUCUUGAAUAUGCAAUUAUUCUUCAUGACACAUUACUGCAAAUAGGGUUCCCAUUUGAAAAUGCAGUUUAAUGUAAGUUGUUAUUGAAAUGUGAUUUUUUUUUUCCUGGAAAAUAAAUGAAAAAAAAAUAUGAAAAUAAA